GGGACAACGGAUCCGAACAGGCGCAACAGGCACAGCUUGAGAAUCCACCACUCCAGCACAACGGCAAGCUGACCAGCAGAAGCACCUCUCGAAGACACGCAAGACUGUUCAUCGGCGGCGAGUCCACCGCGACAGCUAGGCAGCAUGUGGGACGACGAGGACAACAAUCCGUACGGCGCUUUCGAGCGUCGCGACUCGGAAACAAGCGAGAUACUAUCGCCCACAGAGCGCUAUCACCGACCGUCAACCCCACCGUCCGGCCACUCCUCGCCGGAGCAAACACCACACUUCAUGUCGAGAUCGACCGACCUGAGCGACGAAGAUCUGAACGAUGACCGACGGUCCGGGGUGAAGGUACAGCCCAAGGAGGGUGGCUACGACAGCAGGAUCGAACAGAUCCUGUACGAACACCCCGAACUACAGAUCGAGAUCGUCCAGGCAGGCAAGAAUACUGAGGGCGGCGGCGGCUACAUCACUUACACGAUUCGGACUGGCGAGGUCGUGGUGCGUAGGCGCUACUCUGAGUUCGCUUCGUUACGGCAAACACUGGUCAACCUACAUCCAACGCUCGUCAUUCCACCGAUUCCCGAGAAACACAGCAUAGCAGACUAUGCCGCGAAGCCGACCAAGGCCAAGGAGGAUGCUGGCAUCAUAGAGCUACGAAUGCGAAUGCUGGCGACGUUCUUGAACAGGUGCAGGCGCAUGAAGGAAGUGCGAGAGGAUGGGGUAUGGUGGAGAUUCCUGGACCCCAAUGUGAGCUGGAGCGAAGUACUGCACUCGCAUCCAGCCGCCAGCAUACCCAAGAACAACCUCAAAGCGCCUCCUCUUGAUCCGGCCAACCCAACUACCGCCCACCAGUGGCUGCCGGUCCCCUCGGCAAACGCCAAGUUGCGCUCUUCUUCUGGCUCGUCGGCUUCAGGAACACCCACAUCUCCGCCCCGUGUUGCAGCCACCCCUUCGGCAGCUGCACACUCGACACCUCAGAUACAGUAUGCUCGCUUCCCGCCGCUCAAUCAGAACUUGAGUGAAGGCGAGCUCGAUCCGUAUUUCUCUUCUUUUGAAAACAGCUCCAAAGAACUGGAAACUCUCCUGACCGGAUCCAUGGAGAAGGUCAACGCCCGCCUGCUGCGACAUCUUGCCAGUCUCGGAGAUGAUUUGAUGGACCUCGGAGCUCGAUACAAUGCCUUUUCUCUCUCCGAGCAGUCUACGAGCGUAGCACAUGCGAUUGAAAAAGCUGGUCAGGCGUGCGAUUUCACGUACAUACAAUCGCGUGAUCUGAACUCUGCACUGAGCGCAGGCUUCGCUGAGCCAAUGCGAGAAAGCGCGCAGUUCGCAAGUGUAGUGCGAAGCGUGCUCAAGUAUCGGGUGUUGAAGCGCGUACAGGAAGAGAUGACACGGGACGAGCUGGAGAGGAAGAAGUCGAAGCUUGCACAGUUGGAGCAGAGUGAGAUUGAAGCGAAGCGCAUUGAGCAAUACAUGACGUCUUCCGGGAUCCAUAACAUACCCCGACGAAGUGCGAGCAGUGGCAGCAAUCGCAAUAGACCGAGCACCAGCGAUGGUGACAAUGCGUCGGUCGACAGUGACUUCCCGCCCAGUGGAGGUGAGCCUGCGUCUGCGGCAGAGCAUGACACCCCUCAGGAGCCAUACGGCAGCCCACCCGCCAGGUCUGCGAGCAAUGGUGGACAUAAACGGGGCUCUAGCGGCAUCGUCAACAAGAUCUUUGGUCGUGUCACGCACACGAUACAAGGAGUCACCGACCAAGAUCCAGAGCGUGCACGACGGGAUGACCUGGGCAAGACCAAGGAGAGUCUUGUCCAGCUGGAGCAAGCGCUCGACGUCUCCCAAAAGGAUGUUAAGGACGCCAGUCAGGGUGUGCUGCAAGACCUCCGCAGGUUCCAGGGGACCAAAGAGGAUGACCUGCGAAUGUACAUGCUCAACUUUGCCAAAGCCCAUAUCGAGUGGUCGAAGCGCAGCCUCGACGAGUGGCAAAAGGCAAAGAUGGAAAUCAACAAGAUUGAAGUCAGAGGGCUCUAACCGGUGCACAGCAGCAACGUCUUGUUCACGUCCUUUUUCUUGAUGAUGAUGAUGGGAACUUUUUGUCUUCGCGCACCUGUAUGCCAGUCAGCUGUGUCGACGACAGAAGGAAGGAAGGAAAGGUUAUAACGAUAAUGAACUGUGUCAUUUCAGUAGGUACAGGUCAAAGUAGGUAGGUAGAUAGGAGGGUCAUUGUACCAACCACUACCUUACCUCACCUACCUGUACCUACUACUGGCCCAUUGGCCGAAGCAUCUAUCUCAAAACGAGACACAAAUGUAUUCGCCAGCAUUGAUUUUGCAGGAAAUCACGAUAGAGAGGAACCGUUAAUGGCUGGCAUACGGCUGAGAUAGCACGAGUAGCUACCCACCUACCUAGCAACCGGCAGCACUUCUUCGC